UGAAGGAAGCGACUUGCAGGAAACCGCUCUUUUGCUGGUUCAAUGAAAAAUCAAACAAUCAGAGGAAUAAGCAGUGUUUUGGGAGAGAGAGAGAGAGUUCUUCAAAUGGCGAUAAUCGGCGACGCACUUCGGCAGGCGUUCAUGUCCAAUCACGAGUACGACAGUCUCCGCGAUGAAGAUAAGGCCUGGAUUCAUCUGCGGCGUCCUCUUUUGAUUUGUGGCGUGGCGUUGAUUCUUCUCGCCAUCGUCGUUUCUACUUCGAUUAGCUUGAACAUAGUGUUUCCGCGCAACGGUUGGAAGCGUCCUUUCUGCUCCGAUUUGCGACUCCAUCCACUGUCGAUCAAUGCUACUGCUUCCGCAGCUGGUAAUUCCGAUCUAUUUUCUGGUUCUUAUUCUCUCACGGAUCAGGAGACGGUUGAUUAUUUCUGGACGGUUCUAUUUCUGCCUUCAUUCAUGCUGAUCAUCUUCUCGGUUGUUUAUCUCUUGGCAGGAAUUACUGUUGCUUCUUCCUCGCAUGCUAGGCACUGGUCUUUAAGUGUUGUUGAGAACAAUUAUUGUGCCUCAAGACGAGGAGGAGUGCGAUGUUUAUGCAUCAUAAACAGGGUGUUUGCCAUAAUAUUUGCUCUUGCAGCCAUAUUUCUCGGUUCAACUCUCCUGACUCUAGGGAGCAGAUGUUCAUGGCCUCUGUUUUGGUGCUACGAGAUUGUUUUGUGGAGUUUCGUCGUUUUAUUCAGUGGGACCGCUUAUCUCUUGAGAAGAAAAGCUUCUUCUGUUGCGUUUGAUGAAGGAGGGGGCGGACUUAAUAAUAUUGGUAUAGAAAUGCUGGAAGCAAAUCCAGUGGCAAUUACAUCAGAGGUUGUGGCUUCUGUAAAUCAAAGUUUUAAAAUGUGGAUGGGAUCAUCUUAUCUAUCUUCCGAUGAUGAUUAACCGAAAUAACUACCAGGUAACUUUCUGCCCGUUUCUCAUACUAAUAUGCGGAAUAUAUUGAGUUGAUGAAAAUGUGAACUUACUAAAGACUAUAACUUUCAUUUAAGAAGUAGUAGUAAGAAUAGUACUAGCCUACUAGGAAGUGGUUAUUUGUAAAAAAAUAUUACAAUCUUUCCAUUUACCAUUCUCAACUUUAGAGUAAAUAUGGGAAACCAAGUGUAAAUUGAAGCAGAUUUAUAAAGAGUUCUAAUCCAGUUGAAGGGAUAAAUCAAAGUUUUAAAAUGUGGAAUGUUGAGGAUGGAG